AUGGCCACACCCUCGGGGUUGUCUCUCAGCUUUCCUAUGAUCAUGAAUUAGCUGGAAAUUGCAGGGACAGGGACAGCCUUAAACCUGUGCUGAUCAAAGAGCAGCAGGAGACAGUCAGCAAGCACUGGGGUCGGGUCCAGCACGUACAAGAGAGAAAUGUCUUCAGAUGAGUGGUCAGCAGCUGAGGACGAAGGCCAGUUGUCCCGACUCCUCAGGAAAUCGAGAGACUCCCCCUUCGUCCCUGUGGGCAUGGCGGGCUUUGUGGCUGUGCUGUCCUAUGGUCUUUACAAGCUAAAUUCCAGAAGAGAUCAGAAGAUGUCCCUCCAUCUCAUCCACAUGCGGGUGGCUGCCCAAGGAUGUGCUGUGGGGGCCGUGACUCUGGGUGUCCUCUACUCUAUGUAUAAGGAUUACAUCAAACCUCGGUUCUUCGAUGCACCCAAAAAAUAAAGCCAGAGGCUGGACUCGAGGAAGGCCGGCGCCGUCCUUCUCGGUGCUGAUCGUCAGAAAAAGGAAUUUCUCGCUGUGUUCCGGAUCAGGCUGCAUGGUGUAACUUGCGUUGUUAAGUAGUAGCUUUCUAAAUCCACACCAUUAGCUGAAAAUUA